GCAGCGGGCUGGUUGCGGCGGGGCGCGGAGCCGGGCCCGCCGCCGGGGAGCGGGGAGCGUGUGCUGGGCGGGGACCGGGCGGCGCGGCCGGGAGCCGGAAGGUGUCGGCGGCGCUUCCACGGGUGGCCCCCGCGGGGAGCGAGGGGAGCCCUGCCCGGCUGCGGCCCCGCACGGAGCUCGCGGUGCUCGGGGCUGCGGCGGGAGCCCUUCCCCGCCCGGCCGCCUCCCUUACAUAAUGUCACCUGUGGUACCUGCGGCUCCCUCGUGUCACAGCGGCGGGUGGUCGGUGGUGACGGUGGAGCUGGGCUUUCUCUGAGGUCAGCGGUCUUUAAAUUUUAGGUGUGUGAAUCAGCCUAUCGUCACUGAAGCAUCAGUUUAAUCUUGCUAACUUGACAACCGUUGUAUGCCAGCCUGUGUCAAUACCAGACCAACGUGCUCCUGAUCAACCAGAUCUUUCAGAAAUUUUUUAAAAAGAAUCCUUGGUGGGUAAAAGAUGUGCCAUGGAAUGGUAGCAUCAAAGAGCAGCACAGGAUCAUCUCUUGCCUUGACUGGCCAUGGGUUAUUUUGUCUGCUAGUUAUCUUUGGUUCCUUUAUCUUGGAAGCACAGUCCACAGGUUGGCUGAGCAAAUCCAAAGGACCUGCAUAUUGUCCCCAGCCACCACAACCGGAGAAUGGAGGCUAUAAAUGCCACCCUAGCCCCUGCAACAACCCUCUGACUUCAGGCAGUGUCAUAGAGUAUCUGUGUGUUGAAGGUUACAUGCUGAAAGGAGAUUACAAAUACUUGACCUGCAAGAAUGGAGAGUGGAACCCAGCCAUGGAAGUCAGCUGCAGGCUCAGCCCAGAAAAGGACUCUCCUCCGGCAAUUGGAGUGCCCACGCUGUCCAUAGUAGCCUCCACAGCGAGCUCUGUCGCCCUGAUUCUGCUGUUAGUUGUGCUGUUUGUUUUGCUGCAGCCAAAGCUGAAGUCGUUCCAUCAUAGCAGGCGAGACCAAGGUGUGUCUGGAGAUCAGGUCUCUAUUAUGGUGGAUGGUGUCCAAGUGGCCUUGCCAUCCUAUGAAGAAGCAGUAUAUGGCAGCACAGGGAAUUGCAUUCCACCCUCGGACUCCCGAGUGCAGAUCGUGCUCUCAGAGGGAGCUGGACAGAAUGGACCCAGGGAGAUGCAGCAGCCAGACCAAGGGGCUCACAAUACCUUUGAAAGAGAAGAUGAAGCCCCUGGACGUUCUGGACUGUGUGAAGCCAGUGGCUCUCAGCGCUCUGAAACUGUUCUUGUGCAUCAGGCUGCUACCUCUUCCUGGGUAGCUGGCAUGGCUAGCAGUAGACCUUUAAACAAAGAGGUCCAAGAUUCAGAAAGCAGUGACAUACAGAGCCUUUUAUCACUCACUUCCUCUGAGGAAUACACAGAUGAUAUUCCCUUAUUGAAGGAAGCAUGAGGUCUGCUGUGUUUCUCUAGUCUUAUCCAUCUUGGAUUUCUUCCUCCUCCCCUCUCCCUGCCUUUGGGACAGAAGCACUCUGUGCAGUCUUCCCCAUCCUCGCAAGCUGUACCCUGGAUACCUCCGAGAAGAGAUGCCCUCAGCUGAAGAUCCAAAGGAUGUCGCCAGGUUGCCUCCUGGAUGCACCAGUGGAGUUGGUGCAGCGCUGGCUUCCCCGUUCCAUCAGCAUCAGGGGCUCAAGGAACAGAGUGGAUUUGAGCUCUCCUCUUCCCCAGCCAGAUGUUUGACAGCAGUCUCUGAAGAGCUGCUCUUUUCUUGUGCCUUUCUCCUCCUCACACCGGCUUGUUGCAGCUUAUCAGCCUUUCUAGCCCUUCUGCUGCCCAGAGAGCAGGGGCUAAACCUGCUUGCUCGCUGGGUGCAGACACAAUUUAAAUAUACGUAUAUAUGUUAUAUAGGCUCUUCUUCCAGCAGCCUCUUUGUGAUAGGGUGGGACAGAACACCUCACUGGGACUGAAAUUGGGCUUGGGAGGGAUCGCAGCUGAGGGGCAGCUUGUGAUGUCUAGAAGCACCUCAGAUGAUGGGCUGUAUGGCAGCUUAGCCAUGCAGGAACAGUUCACUGAGAAUUGCUUAAGCACUGAAGGCUGAGAAGUCCAGCAUGUAGGAAUGCCCUCUGUCUCAUGUCUGCAGGAGUCCAUUCCUGAAAAUCACUUUUGUCUCCUUCUUCCUCUACCAGUGCAGCCCACUGGAAGAGGUUCAGGUGUUUGAAAAUACCAAGACAAAAAAAAUGCCAGUAGGUAGUGAAUUCCUAGUGCCAUUGGUGCAGUCCCAAAUUCCUUUUCCAGCCACAGUAGGUACUUGAACCCUGGGUAGCUACCAUCUCAUAGGCUGGUGUGUCUUCCUAGCUUCAUUCAACAAAGGGUCUGCUGGUUUAGCCUGGUGGGCUCCAGUGGGCCCAUAGAGAAGGGCUCUUCCUGUGCCGCUGGAGGUAAGCAGCAUUUGUAAAGCUUCUCCUAAACAAAGUGCCAGCCUGUUGCUGUGAGGGAAAGUCGAGUACACUGACGGCAGUGCUAGAGGACACCACAGCUCAGUCCUGAAGUUUUAAGGAUUGUUUCAAAUUCUGGUAGUAGGGAAGGGAAAAUUCAGAAAUAUGUGUACGUCUGCCCGCCAGUUAUCUACAGCAGGUCAGACUGUCCAUGUUGGGACUCUGUAACUGCAGGAAGCCACAUUUGUCUGGGGUACAUGGUCCAGUACAAAUGCUGUGGUGGUUGUAAGAUCCCUCACUGAGGUCUGGACACUGUUCCAUGGGAUUGGUUUCAGCAAGAAGAGUUGGCUUCUUAGAUGCUGCAUGUACCUUGUCAUAACUGUCUUGAAGUAACCAGGGAAGUGUUUGCCCUGUGAGAAGCUGCUACAUUUUUGAGUUGAAGGAGCAAAAUAGCAAAAUGUCAUGGCCUUACACAUCAUGUGGUAAUGUACAGGUAAACAGGGAUGUUGUCUUUGCUGCUUUGCUUUUGGUUUACAGUCCUCGCCAUCCUCAUCCUCAUUGCUACAGUAAAAAACAUUACAGCACUUGACAAAAAUGAUACAACAUCUUUAUGUUGGCUUAUGUGGGUUAGCUCCAGUUCUUUGAAAUGGGGAUUAGCCAUAGUGUCCAGCUGUGUAUUUGCUAUUCCUUUUCCUGAAGAGCUGUUAAAUCCCAGGACACAUGGAAUAGUGUGUGUCUGUGGGUGGAAGAAUCCUUUUUUCCCUAUCCUUGUUAUAGAGGGAUGUUAAUUUAAAAUUGCAGUGUUUUAAACAUCCUUCCCUGUUGCUCAUGUUACCUUGCAUUAACACAAGAGUUUGAUAAAUCCCAUUUGGGUGGUUUAGGUAUUUUUUGUUCAGUUUGGAUGGUGAAAAUCCUGUGUCAUUUUACAGUGGGCUGUGGUGUCUCAGCUUCAAGUGCUGUAGAAGACAAAUGUUGUUUACACAUCUGCCAUUGGAAUUUUAAAACAUAAGCAUGGGAACGAUUGUGUUUAGCUUUUUGACUGUUGGAAAUGGUCUAAGCUUGAGUAAAUUCUCCUUCAUUGUUUUAUUGGAGGGGUUAAGCAAGUGUAGUGGUAAGGGAGUGUGGAGGAAAGUCUGUGUGACUUUCCUGCUGCCUAACCAGCUCAGAGCAGGAGUUGUUUUUUAUGCAUUGUAGGUCCUGUCUGCUCAAACUGACCCUCAGCAAUGCAAGGUAUAGAAGUUGGGGAUGUGUUGCCUUCCUGAAAGGGAAGUGCUGGGUUGGUGGGAGAAGCUGGAAGCUGAUCCCAAGGCGUGAUCUUGCUCUGGAUGAGGACCUGCACCACCAGCAGAAAACAUCCUCUGUGGCCUGACCUCCUCUCUGCUGUUAUAAAACAAGCAACUGCCAGCUUGGGAGAGAAAGUUCAGAUAGGGUGGGGAAGUAAAGAAGACAAGCUCUACAAAGAGAGAGUGUUUUAAUUUCACAGAAUCACACAUAAUUAACUAGGACCUUUAAGACCAUCAAGUCCAACCUAUGACCGAACACCACUUUGUCAACCAGACCAUGGCACUGAGUGCCACCUCCAGGGAUGGUGACUCCACCACCUCCCUGGGCAGCCCAUUCCAAUGCCCAAUCACUCUUUCUGUGAAGAAUUUCUUUGUAAUGUCCAGCCUAAAUUUCCCUGGCACAGCUUAAGACUGUGUCACUGGUUACCUGGGAGAAGGGACCAAUCCCCACCUGGCUACACCCUCCUUUCAGGGAGUUGUGGAGAGUGAUAAGGUUUCCCCUGAACCUCCUCUUCUCCAGGCUGCACAACCCCGGCUCCUUCAGCCUCCUCACAGGAUUUGUGCUCCAGACCCUUCACCAGCCUCGUUUUCCUUGUCUGGAUUCAUUUGAGCAUCCUGGUGUCCUUCCUAAAUUGGAGGGCCCAGAACAGGACACAGCGCUCCAGGUGUGACCUCACCAGUGCUGAGUACAGGGGGACAAUCACUGCCCUGGUCCUGCUGGCCACACAGCCCAGGAUUCCAUUUGCCUUCUUGUUCACUUGGGCACAGCUGGCUCAUGUUCAGUCUGCCAUCAGUCAGUAAACCCAGGUCCUUUUCUGCCUGGCCACUGUGCAGCAACUCUUCCCCCAGCCUGGAGCGCUGCAGGGAGUCAUUGUGGCCAAAGUGCAGGACCUGGCACUUGGUCUCAUUAAACCUCCUAUCAUUGGAUUCUAUAAAAUUUUUUGGAAAUGGCUAUACUAAUGAAUGGGGGAAAUGCAGAGGUGGAGGAGGGAAAUAUGCAAGUGUAGCUAUUGUGAUCAAGCAUAAACAGGCAGCUUCUCUUGUCUUGUUGAGGGUAAGCCAGCAGGUUCCAGGCCAGUCUCCAUAAUCCCAUCUGAUGAUUCCAGAUCCUGCAGAAGAGCUCUGUUCACUGCAGCAAAUCUUUUUCAAGGUGGAGGGAGAGCAAGGCCUCACUUUACUGGUUAUCAAAUUAUUAUUAUUCAUUUGUGUUUGUUUUAAUUCUGCAGAGGCUGAAGGACUGAGAAGGCUUUUGGUAGAGAUGUAGGAAAACCUACUUUGCACAGUCCUAUCUUUACUUAAGGGAGCAAGGCCUGAAGCCUAAAGAUCCCUCAGAUGUAAGCUGUGCUCUGCCUCAGGAAUGUUCAUUAUCUCUGGGCUGAGUGUGGUCUCUGUGGAUUUUGCCAUAAGUAGAUGCAGCCUGGAUCUCAGUGUUGUGGAUGGGAAGCACAGAGGCUCAGCCUUGCAAGAUGUAAUACAGUAAAUAGGUUUUUUCCUUUUCUUUUUUCCCUGCACUGAGGCCACAGUCUCCAUACCUUUUCUUCCCUCACCUGUGUCUGGCAAAAGAUUUCAAAGGGAGGCAUUUUUGCUUACUUUUCUUACUCCCAACACAAUCAUCUCAUGCUCUGUCAUAUGUGCUGGAUCCUGUGAUACUCAAGAACAUUAAGAUUAUUUAAUUAUAUUCAGAAAAAUAAAAAUAGCACUUAUUUUAAAGCUUUCCAUUAAUUUUGGAGUCUGAUAGUUAGGAGGGGGAAAAGGGCAUUUCAGAAAUUCAGGAUAUUAUGUGCAAUAGAAAAGCUUCCUUGCUUCUUUCCAGUUCCAUAGUGUUUUUAAAAAAUAAAUGCAACUCAUUGCAGUGUUUACAGCCCAAGCAUUGUAGAACUGGACCAGCUUGAGAGAACCAGGAUGUGAAGUUGGCAGUGACCCAUGGGGAAGUGGGCCAGUCUCUUGUCAGGGUCUGCAUCAUGAAGCUCACCUCAAAUGAUGAGCCAGCUUGGACUGUGUCAGAGCCUCCUGCAGCCUUGAAGGGUGUCAGCAGCACUGGAGAGAGAGGGGUUUGUGUGUUCUGCUUUUAAAUAGCUUGUGCCUCCCCAUCAUUAACUGCAGAAGAUGUAAAAGUUAAGCCAGGAGAGAUGCACUGAAGCAUGUGAAUUGUUGCUGAGUUAAAACAUCUGAGUUUGGGAGGGAGAAGAGCUUAAUGCAUUUUUAUCCUUAACCAACAGGGAAGUUGCUGGGUAGCACAAUGUGUACUCAGCAAGCAGAGUGCUUUUCUCCCCUUGAACAUCUCUGCUGAGGUUUUUCCUUGGCCUUUCAGCUCCGGUGUGGUGAAUUGUUUACUGCAUCUGGAGUCUUAAUUUGGCCUUUCAGUGUGUGGAGAACUCAGGAAGGAAGAAAGCUGUUUCACAUGCUUUGGGAGGAAACAUCCUAAGAUGCUCCCAGAAGUGGAUGACUUGGGUCAGUACUGAGGAGUGGGGCUCAGAGAGCAACUGGCUCAGCUGCUGGAAAUAAUCUGGGAUGGUUAAGUCAUUUGCAGCAGAGAAAAGGGAACACAAGGAGUUGUCCAAGGAAGAGCUGAAAGUAGAGGUUUACUGCAGGCUAAUGAGCUAAUGCAAUCAUGACCAGGUUGUAAGGAAGCUUGUGCUUUGUUAGAUGAUUUAGCAUACACCAGCAGGCUUGCUGUAUAUAAAAAAAAAUAAUGUACAACUGGUAGGACACACUGAGCUGUCCUUGCUGACCUUUUUAGAACAUACUUGCAAAAAACGUGGUUUUACUGUUCUGAUAGCAGUUUAAACAAAUAAUCUGCCUUGUUACUCUAUCCAGAUAACUAUUUAAAUAAAUUUCACUUUGUUCUUUUGUAUAUAAAUGCAAUAAAUCCCAUUCACUUUGCACAUCCUGCCUCACCCCAUCCUCACCCUUCAGUCCUUACCAGGGAACAGCAGAUUGAAUUUGUUCUAUGUGAAAACCUUUGCUUGCAGAAGAACUUCAUUAGAAAACAGUUUUUCUCUACUGUAGGCUUUGAAAGUGCAAAGGGGUUUCCUAGAGCAAGCUUCAUUUUAAGGUGUAUUUUUAUACAAGAAGUAAGCCUUUUUCCAGUCCUAGCACACCAGGACAGAACACGCCACUUCCCACACUUCAGGGCCGUGUGUUCAGCACUGCUUUCAAACUCAACCCUCUGCAGGUGGUGUUCAGAUCUCUGUACCCACCAGAACAUGUUGUAUUGAUGCUCUGCAUAUGCUUUCUGUAAGCUAUGCUUUUGCUUCUGUCUUCAAGUGAGAACAGACAGAGGCAAACUGAGUUCUGCUAGAAAAUGUUUUAGUUCAGAUUCUCAAAGAUGCUUCCUUCCAAACGAAAACAAAGUCGUCUGAAGCAGAAGUCCUAUGAUGUGGUGGGUAGACUGCUGAUAGUUGCUGAUGCAAGUGCAAGGGGAGCUUGAUUGCCUUUCUGCAUUAAUCUUUUCUUUCCUAUAUGUGUUUUAUUUUUAUCUGAAUUGCACCACUAUGGAAUUAUUUGCAGAAUGGUACUCCAUAUGUAUGUGGGAAUUAAAACCAUAACUGAUGCUGUGCAGGAUGUCACUCAAUUGGUUUUAUUUUGCUUUAUUUUAUAUGUAUUUUCUGGUAUCCUGUACAUUGCAGUGGGUGUGAAGAUAGUAUUUUAAUAUUUGUACAAAGUUUAAUUUAAUUGUUCUAUGUAUAUAACUGCAUUUCUAAAUUAAAAAAUUCUUUUGAAGUGAA